GGUGAUUAGACUAGAAGCGAAACCAAUGGCAGCACGCCUCUAAAUUCUAAAAUGGAUUACUUUUUCUCAGCAUAGCCGCCCUUGCUUCCGAUUCGAUCUCUCUAUCUCUCUCUCUCUCUAUCUCUCUAACACGCACACGCACACGCACAACACAACCCUUCAAUCCUUCGAUUCGAUCUUCUUUGCACUUCCCUUUCACUAACAAGGGUUUCGCGUUUUGUUGCCGACGAAGCUCACUGUGGUAGCGAUGUCGACUCCUGCUAGGAAGAGACUUAUGAGAGAUUUUAAGAGGCUGCAACAAGACCCACCUGCAGGAAUCAGUGGUGCACCUCAGGAUAACAACAUCAUGCUGUGGAAUGCUGUAAUAUUUGGUCCUGAUGAUACUCCUUGGGAUGGAGGCACGUUUAAGUUGACCCUUCAAUUUACUGAGGAUUAUCCAAACAAGCCGCCCACUGUACGAUUUGUCUCCCGAAUGUUUCACCCAAACAUUUAUGCAGAUGGAAGUAUUUGUCUGGAUAUAUUGCAAAACCAGUGGAGUCCUAUAUAUGAUGUAGCUGCUAUACUCACUUCUAUUCAGUCAUUGCUUUGUGAUCCCAACCCAAAUUCACCUGCAAACUCUGAAGCUGCUCGAAUGUUCAGUGAGAACAAGCGUGAGUACAAUCGAAGAGUGAGGGAAAUUGUGGAGCAAAGUUGGACAGCCGACUAAGCUCAUCUCGAUAUGCUCGCUGGCCUGUGAAGGCAUGAAUUAGAUUGCAUUGCUACCUAUGAUUCAUGCAAAGUCACCAAAAUCUGUCGUCCGUAUUCCUUGUUUUGAAUAUUAGCUUCAUAUUAUCUUUAUUUCAUGGUAGUUUAUGCAUCGUCCAUGUCAGUCCAUGUAAUAUAAAAUUAAAAUUCUGUCAACUUGCAUCGGAUUGUUGUCAACACGGUUCAAUGUAUAAGUUGUAGACUUGUAAUCAUCUGAAUUGGUCACGAUCACAAGGAUUUAUUAAACCAGGUUCAAUUAUGAUUACAUUGUAUAAUUUCCCCCAUUCAAUGUUCGAUUGACUUUUGCUACCAGUA